ACAGCUUGCCAGGGAUAGGCAACGGGAGAGUUUCGCUACAAACAAGAGCCUAAAAAGGCCAAUGGAGUGUCUUUGUUGUUGAGAUAGCCUCGCCAGAAUCACAUCAACAGCUAGCCCUUGACGCACAUGGCUGACUUGAAACUUCCUCAUGUGUGGAAUUCGUGGUUACAAUCAGCAUUAAACGCGAAAACCCUGAGAUUAUCUUACGUCGAUGGGAAGCUGUGCCGCGAAUAUACAGUGUCACUACAAGAUCAUCCUCUCCGGCCGCGCGUUGUACCGAAUUCCUCUUAUUAUCUCGAACUAAUAACACGACACUCGUUACCGGAAAAUCAUACACGAACCACUACUACCACCACCACCACACGGUUGGCUCUGACCUUCAAUGAAAUCAUCAAUCAUGCUCCUUACAAUGCCCUAGAGCAAGAUCUAGUCAUACACAAGCAAGAGCUGAUAAGUUUUGCUGAGAGUACAUGGAGUGAGCAAGGAUUGAUUGAUUGAUUUAUACACCAAACCCCCAUCCCCGUAAGCAGUCACUGAUUUCUAAGCUCGGUGCCCUUGUGAGUGUUGAUUAAUACCAGCCCCGAGGGGUUGACGGAUUUGUUAGUGU